ACGGCCGGUGCUCACGGCGCUGACAUGGCGAAGGAGAACUCGGCCUUCUCUGCCGCACCUGAGACACCGGUGCGGGAGGCCAAGCCCCCACUGUGUGCUGCGCCCUCCAAGGCACCUGCCCGGGGCCCAGGCGAGCCCGAGAAGAAGAAGCCGGUCAAGAAGCACCAGCGCCAGCGGUAUGUGGAGAAGGACGGGAAGUGCAAUGUGCAGCACGGGAAUGUACGGGAGACGUACCGCUACCUCACUGACAUCUUCACCACCCUGGUGGACCUCAAGUGGCGCUUCAGCCUGCUGGUCUUCAUCCUGGCCUAUGCCAUCACCUGGCUGUUCUUUGGCCUCAUCUGGUGGUUCAUCGCGUACUGCCGCGGUGACCUCGACCACCUGGAGGACAAGGCCUGGACACCCUGCGUCAACAAUCUCAAUGGCUUCGUCUCUGCCUUCCUCUUCUCCAUUGAGACGGAGACCACCAUCGGCUAUGGCUACCGUGUCAUUACGGACCGGUGCCCUGAGGGCAUCGUGCUGCUGCUGCUGCAGGCCAUCCUGGGCUCCAUGGUCAAUGCCUUCAUGGUGGGUUGCAUGUUCGUCAAGAUCUCCCAGCCCAACAAGCGGGCCGAGACGCUGGUGUUCUCCUCCCAUGCCGUCGUCUCGCUGCGCGAUGACCGCCUGUGCCUCAUGUUCCGGGUCGGGGACUUGAGGAACUCGCACAUCGUGGAGGCCUCCAUCCGGGCCAAGCUCAUCAAGUCCAAGCAGACACUUGAGGGGGAGUUCAUCCCCCUCAACCAGACAGACAUCAACGUGGGCUUUGAGACAGGUGAUGACCGCCUCUUCCUGGUCUCGCCCCUCAUCAUCAGCCAUGAGAUCAACGAGCAUAGCCCCUUCUGGGAGGUCUCCAAGCAGGAGCUGGAGAAGGAUGAGUUCGAGAUUGUUGUUAUCCUUGAAGGCAUGGUGGAGGCCACGGGGAUGACGUGCCAGGCCCGGAGCUCCUACCUGGUGGACGAGGUGCUGUGGGGCCACCGGUUCAUGUCGGUGCUGAGCUUGGAGGAUGGCUUCUAUGAGGUGGACUACAACAACUUCCACCAGACCUUCGAGGUGAACACGCCCAGCUGCAGCGCCCGGGAGCUGGCCGAGGCUGCGGCCCGCAGGGAUGCCCACCUCUAUUGGUCCAUCCCCAGCCGGCUGGACGAGAAGGUGGAGGAUGGGACAGAGAAGGAGGCGGGUGGCACCGAGCGCAACGGCAGCCUAGCCAACGCCGAGAGCGAGUCCAAGGUGUAGCCGGGCAGCGUCCGGGUGCGGUGGGGCUGGCCAGGUGGCAGGAGGGCAAGAGGAGUGAUGGAGGGAGCAGGGGGAGGCAGCCUCAUAGGGCAAGCGUGCAGUAACCCGGGCAGGCGAGGGCAGGGCAUGAGCUGGGCUGUGGCCAGAGGGGCAAAGAGGGACGCCGUGUUCAGGACAGCCAUGCAGGGACGUGCCCCUGGGCACCAGCAAAGGGCUGGCAGGGGACACUAUCACAGCUGGGGGCAUUCUUGUGAUUGCAGGGAGCCAGUGGGGUGUGAUAGCGAUAGUGGGGGUGUGAUAGGGCAGGGGGGCAUUUAUGGCAGGGAGACAAGCCUCUGACAGUGGUGGAGGGCAGGUGGAGCAGCUGUGCACCCUGUCCAGGUGCAUGGUCUGAGGCCUCAGAAGGAGGCUGGGGCCUAGAGGGAUGUGGCGGAGGGCAGGAGCUGGGAGCAGCUGGCUGCAGGGAUCCCAGUGGCUGGAGGGGGUUGUGCAUUAGCUGCAGGGGAGGCAGGGCUGGUGCUCAGACAUCCAGGCCAGGCAUUGGGUGCUGAGGCUAGCAACUCUGCACCAUGUGGAGAAAAGCAGGAUUCACCCCCACACCCAGGUCAUGGUUGCUGGGAUGGACAGACGCAGCAGGGAUGCAGGACAGAUGAGGCCGGGCUGCAGCAGGGCAAUGCCCAGGGGCCCGCGAGCUGCCCCUCUGACCUCCCACACACAGCCCCAUGCCCGGCUCGGCUUGCUGCCUGCUCUUCCUUUG